AUGGAGUCCUCUCCAGGUUCCUCACAUCCGUCUCCUACUCUUUUAGCACUUGCUCAUCCCGGUGCAUCCAAGAUCAGCCACCUAAUAGAGUCACCAGAGUCCCGCUCUAGGUCUCACUCCAGGUCUUCAAGUCGGGUGUCAUCCUUUGGCUUUGUCAAGGAGGAUGUUGAAGGCAUCGCUCAGAGUUUCUUGGACACUGCUACGACUACCAGAGCCAAAGAAGGCUCAGAAGACAACACGUCUGUCGUCGACAUGAUGGCUGCUGUCGAUCAAAUGCCCGACUUCUGUUGUCCCUGUGGAGGCUUCAUGGGCUGGAAGCAGAUUCGUCUGCGAGGGCGCAAGAUGAGCAAGAGUUACAGUGAUUUAAGUCUUUUGGGUCAACGAAGCUCGUCGAUGGGGUGGAUGUGGGACACUGCUAGUACACGUCCGACUAUCAAACAGGUGUAUAUGGAAGUUGAGGAGACACAGCCUGGUUUGACUAUUGAAGAUCUUCCCAUUGAAGUACUCGUCCAAAUUAUAUCUUAUCUGGCCGUGGAACUUCCACCGAAUGGCUACACCCCUCGCAAUGUCGACCUUAUUGCUUGCUUACUGACAUCUCGCACUCUCCACUCGGCAACACUCAGCGUACUCUACCGCCACAUCACCAUCCCUCACUCAGUCAUCUUCUCAAAACUACUAAAGCAUAUCACUCACUACCCGGCUCUAGGGACUAUUGUUCGCCGCCUGGACUUUUCGCACUUUACUUCGGUAGGACUGGGCCGGACGCGACAAAUGAACGCUGAGAUACAGAACCUAACGUCCAAAACACUUUUGCAAUGCUUGGAUCUGCUUCCGAAUCUGAUGGAAGGCCUCUUCCAGGAGCAUCUGGAGACUGAUAUCGACACCGCGGUUGUGCAAAAGAUUUUUGGUCUGCCUAAACUAAGGGCCGUCGACUUUUGUGGUUGCUCCUCGCAAACGUUUUCGACGAAAUUCCUGGAGGCGUUUACAAUGAAUUCCUCCAUCCCUCUGGUUUUGCCGCUGUUGAAAAGAGUAUCCUUGCACGAGUGUAGUGGACUACCUUCUGCGGUCUUUGAGAAGCUGCUCCCACGAUUGGUCAAUGUGACUCAUUUGGAUCUUGGACGGACACAAGUCACCGAGACAGCUCUGUUAUCUUUGCCGACUUCUGCCCAAAUCACACAUUUGAAUCUCUCAAAAUGCCUGCGACUUUCUGGACCACAGGUUGUCAACUUCUUAACCACUCACCCCGCCGUCACCGAAUCUCUUGUCUAUCUCAACUUGAUGACCGAUCCUUCGCGCUACCGUCUUCUCGAGUCAGAAGACGUCACUAAUCUCCUACCAGUGUUGCCAUCCACUCUUCGAUCUUUGAACCUGAACGGCGCUCGAAUUACCACUGAGCAUGUGCCUUUGUUGGUCCCCCUGACCAAACACCUAGAAGAAUUGGGACUCAGUGGCGCGGACUUGUCCCCCAGCGAUAUCAAUUCAUUCUUCGUUCCUCAAGAUCCCGAAGCUGAAAAGUGGUGGCAACCACCCGCUCUCCAUUAUCUUGACGUCAGCAAAGUGACAUCCAUCACUCUACAGACACUUUAUAACCCUAAACUCUGCGUACUUGUUUCCCCGCGAAGCCUUCCCCUCGAGGUCGUUGAGCUAGGCGAAAAACUCAUCACUCCCCUCCGCGACCGGACAAAAUCCGCGAAAUCAAGCGGGUGGUCUCUUCGAGAACUCGGUCGUCGCGGCUGGUAUGUCCGAGAGCCUGUCAAAGUGGACGGCGCCGACGCGUGGACGAUAGACGAUGGAUCGCGCUCAUGGAAGAUGGGAGCUCGUUGGUGGGGAAUGAGGAAGAUUCCUGUUACGGUUGGUGAAGUUGGAGGUCUCUAUGGUCAUUACAUGUUCAAGAAGUGA